AAUUUUUUUUAUUUUUUUUUUUUUAUUAUUUCUAUUUUGUAUUUUGUGUUAUGAAUAAUAAUAAAUAUUUGUAAAAUGUCGAAAAAUAUUAUUAAUAAUAUACCACAUGUAUUAUUAGAAAAUAUUUUAAGAUUAAGUUUAAAUUUCAGUAAUAAUAAUAAUUAUAGUUAUAAUAAUAAUAACAAUAACAAUAAUAACAUAGAUAAUAUAGAUUAUAAUAUUGACAAUUUAGAAAAUAAAGAGAUUAAUGACAUUCAUAACAACGAUAGUGAUAAUGAUGAAAAUAAUGAUCAACAAUACAUAUUAAAUAAACAAAUGAAAGAAAAUGAAAGAAUGGAAUAUAUUUUCAAAAACUAUUAUAAUAUUUCAAAUGUAUGUCAUCUAUGGAAACAUAUUUCAAAAUCAAACCUAUUAAUUUUAGAAUUAAAUCCAUAUAUACUCUAUAAAUUAAAAAAUCAAGGCUUCAACUUUAUAAAUAAUAUCGAAAACAACACAAACAACAAUAAUAUUAAUAAUAAAAGCAAUUUAAAUAAUCAAUAUGAGUUUCCUGUGAAUAAUUCCGAAAACUUUAUCAAAGACUUUAGUAUUCACGAAUUCUUUAAUAUUUUAAAAAGAUAUAAAUCUGUAGAAAAUGUAUAUUUAUCAAAUUUUAAUUUUAUUUCAACAACCAAUUUUAGUUCAUUAAAUAAAUUUCCAAACCAACCACAGUUUAAUUUCCUUAGAAAACAAAACUCAACACCAACAACCUCGUCUAUUGCAUCUAUUGCAAGUACACCAAUUACUUUAUCAUCUUCAAAUCUACCAUCUACAUCAUCAAAUAUUGGUUCUAAAUCAUUAGAAGCUAUUUCAAUUGCAUCCACAGCACAACCAAACACGACAUUCAACGGUAUUAAUAAUAGAUAUUUAUCAAACUCAUCACUAAUUGCAAGUAGAUUAUCAACUAAAGCCGCCCUUCUUUUAAGUAGAAAUGAUGAUGACUAUUCCAAAACUUUGACAGAUUUAAAGAACUUUUAUUCUUCAUCAGCAGCUUUUUCAUCUUUUUCAUCUUUUUCAUCUUUAUCAUCAUUAUCCAAUUUUAUACCCUCUUCUUCAACAAAUAAUAAUAAUAAUAAUAAUAAUUAUGAUAAUAAUAAUAAUUAUAAUAAUGAAAAAGAUAAUUUAGAUUUAACAGAUUAUAAUGAAGAGAAAUCAGAAUUAAAUACAACAAACACAUUAAAAUCAGGGUUUUUUUCAUCAACAUCAGCAUUAGAUAAAUAUAGACUAAAUCAAAUUCUUUAUGAAAAUACAAUUAAUAAUAUAACAAAAUUAGAAAUUAAUCGUUGUUUAAAUUUUAAAUCCAUUGAGUUUGUUAAUUAUUUUUUGAAUUCAAAAUAUUUGCAACAUUUAAGUAUCAACGACUGCAAUUUGAAGGAUUGGGACUGCUCUGUAAUAUUUUUCACGAUUAAAAGCUCCGAGUCUUUAACAUCAAUCGAUCUAUCUAGAAACCGUAUACAAGAAGAAGCCGCCAAAACUAUUUCAAUGGUUUUAAAAGAAAACAAAACAUUAAAACAUCUUAGAUUAGAUCACAAUAGAAUUGGAAGUUCUGGUUUAACUUUUAUAUCCAAUGCUCUACAAGAAAACUCCUCAACUACACUUCAAACAUUUAGUGCUAAAAAGAAUUCAAUAUAUUUAGACGGUGCUCUCUCUUUACUCCAAACUCUUCAUACCAAUAGAACUCUAAUAUCAAUCGACCUAUCAAAUAAUAAUUUCUCAAGUUCAGAACUUUUAAAAGCUUAUUGUAUGAUUUAUUUACAAAAUCAAAAUUUAGUUUUAUCUCCGAAUGUCCAAUUAAAAGUUAAUAAUACAAUAUUUAAUAAAAAUGAAAAUGAUGACGAUGAUGAUUUCAUAAACAAUAAUAAUAAUAAAAAAUUUAAAAAUAAUAAUUAUAAUAAUAAUAAUAAUAAUAAUAUAGUUAAUGGAAACUAUUACGAAACUACAGAAUCAACCAGGACAACGAUUAUUAAUAGUUACAAUACCAAUUUUAAUAAUAAUAAUUAUAAUAUUAAUAUCAAUAACAAUAAUAAUAUUAAUAAUAAUAAUAAUAAUAAUAUUGAUAAUUUAAAUUUAAAUGGAAAUACAUAUAGGAAAAGAAAUUUCGAAAAAUUUAAUAUCGAUUAUUAAUAAAACUUAAAAAAUAAAUUAAAAUUUAAUUUAUUUAUUAUUUAUU